AUGCCAAAAAUGAAUGCCACACCACCGAACGCUCCAGCAGGUCUUGUAGAUUUGCUUAAGGAUAAAAUGGCACCAGCAGAAAAUACUUUCGUUGAAGGGUUGUCUGUUGAAAAGAAAAUAGCUAUUGCAGUUUACAAACUUGCCUCUUGUGCUGAAUACCGUGUAAUUGCAAAGGGAUUUGGUGUAUCAAAAAGUACUGUUUGCUUAUGUGUUCACAGUUUCUACGGCACUCAUGUGCCAAUUAAACCCCCACAAGACGGUGCUGCAGACUUUCGUAACAGAAAGCGUUAUAGUUCCAUUGCAGUGCAAGCUAUUGUGGGUGAUCAAUAUUUAUUUAAAAAUAUCACAGCACAAAAUCCUGGCUGUGCACACGAUGCAUCAGUGCUUAGGGGCAGUUCUCUAUACAAAAACCAUAAUACAUUAAUUCCUGAAAGCCAUAGGGAAAUCGACGCAAUUUACAACGCCUCAAAUGAAGCUAUGCUUUUUAAACUUCCUUAUUAUAUUAUUGGUGAUGCAGCUUAUCCGCUUUGUAACUGGAUUAUGAAAAAUUAUAGGGACAAGUUAACUGUUGAAGAGACAUCCUUCAACUUAUAUUUGAAUCAAGCACGAAUUGUUGUGGAGCAAGCAUUUGGUCGCUUGAAAGGAAGAUGGAGAAUACUUAAUAAGAAGAGCGACCUGGAUGUUUACAAUAUGCCGCAUGUGAUAAUAGCGUGCGGAAUUCUUCACAAUUUUGUGGAGAUAUCUAACCAACGUUAUAAUUCCUCAUGGGAUGUAGAAAGAAUCCACGGUGAAAGUGAAUAUCCCCAACCUGAACAGAUGUACAAUCGACAAAAUUCGUCGUCCGGACAUCUUAUGCGAGAUCAUAUAUGCGCGUACUUGGCGAGAAAAUAUCCACUUCUACAUAGAAGCAAUUAA